AUGGGUGAGGUAUUGAAGGGGCUGAUAGGUGACUUUGUGGAGGUGUAUCUAGACGACAUCGUUAUUUAUUCAUACGAUCUCGAAGAACACCUCAUACACAUAGAAAAAGUAGUGGAAAGACUACAUAGGAGUGGUUUAACUUGUCAGCCGAAAAAGUGUCAUUUUGGGCAGACCCAAAUUUCAUUCUUAGGGCAUAUCGUCUAUGCGGAUGGCAUUGACAAACAACCCGAAAAACCAUUUCUGGAAUCUCGUACCUUCGAAUUGUAUACCGUCAACUCGGCGCUGACGUGGCUACAACGGGCGAAAGAUAAGAACAGUAAACUAUUCCGGUGGGCGCUGCAGUUAGGAACACUAGACUUCGUUAUUCGACAUGUUCCCGGAGUACAGAAUGAGGGUCCCGAUAUGUUAUCUCGAUUCCCGACAGACGGUCCUACGUUGGACGAGGACGCGUUGGAGAAAAAUUUGGUUGGUUUUCCAACGAGUAACAUAGUGGUCGGAAGUAGAGAACCAGAACAGAUUUAUCAUAUUCAUCCGAACUCGAGUAACUCGAGUCCCAUCUCCCUUCAGACAUUAAUUGAUUGGCAGGGUGAGGACCCCAAGAUCAAAGAGAUUAUGUCCAACUUUACGUCACAUAGUCCAGCGUGUAACACGCGACUAAAUCGACUUGAAAAAUUCGAUAAUCUGAUUUAUGAGGAGGGUCUCCUUAAGAAAAGAAAAAAACCAACCCAACAAUGGGAAGUGGUUAGUGUCGAUUUGAUGGGACCUUAUCCGCGCACAAGUCGGGGUAAGACCAACAUCUUAGUAGCCACGGAUUGUCACAGCAGGUGGGUCGAAGAGUAUCCCUUUGGGGCGGCAACAUCCACCGUGAUUACCCAAACUUUGGAAAGGGAGUUGUUCGUGAGAUUCGGUUACCCACGGGUGCUAUUAAACGACAAUGGCCCUCAGUUUACCUCGGACGUGUGGACAAAAGCACUCGACCGAUGGGGGGUGGAGGGUUGGACUACCCCAGUAUACCACCCGAGGGCCAAUCCGGUAGAAAGGCGUAAUCAGGAGCUGAAAAAGGGCCUUCGGGCACUACUGGUGAACGAUAGUCAUCGUUCGUGGGACCAGAAACUCUCCGCGGUUCUGUUCACAUUGCGCAACUGGAAGAACGACAGGACCGGCGUUUCACCGUUAGUUUCGGUGUUUGGACACGAAACCAAAAGUCCUGGAGAUUGGGCACUAAUCGUGAAGUCCGAUAGUACGCCGCGGGUUCCGGCAACAUCGGACAUCAUCACGGUUGCCGAGAAAUCGAAGGAGAACCGGCGAGCGUUUGCCGCCGGGGACCAGGCUUUCAUGUCACGCGAAGGUGAGGAGCAUCUGGCGGGCCGGGACAGCCGGUGGCGGCCGAGCCGAGGCCACAUGCGGUCGAGUCUGGAGGACUUGGUGUGGCAGACCACCUCCCAACUCGACAUCUUGCGGCAGACCAGGGCGACGCUGAUCGGGCUGGGAGCAGAGUUCCCUCCGGACGCACCGCAAGGACUAUCGGUCCAGCAGAUCGGCGACGUGGGGCGAGCACGCGAGGGUUGCACCGGUGAGUCCACCGGCACCGACGGACCGUCGGCCCAUACCGGGGCCAGUCCGCCACACACAGCGGACGGUCCGGAAGGCGACCACGGCGAAGCCACAACCGCGGCCGGCACGCCAAUCACCACCGGAACGCGCAGCACAGGGACCAGCGCUGGCCAGUGCCCUACCACCGGUGCACAGACGUCCCAGCCAGCAACAACGCCGGAGGCUGCCAACCGUCCAGCCGCGGCCACAGCCGGCAACUGCCCAACCACGGGCACAGCCGCCAACCGCCCGACCGCGGACACAGCCGCCAACCGCCCGACCACGAACGCAGCCGACGGCUGUCCAACCGCGGGCCCAGCCGCCAAGCGUUCCACCACGGACACAGCCACCGCCUCCAGCCCCGAUCCCGGAACGGCAGCCGGAAACUCCGGUGGACGCUAUUCCCCGGGAGGGGACCCUGAACGUAGACGAGGAUGCUUGUCAGCCCCUCCCCUCCAGCGGUCGUGUCACACGAACCAAUGGUGGUGGGCGGUGACGACAUCCUUGUCGAUAUCGAGGCCCUAUACCGGGAAUAGUCUUGGCAAGUGGGAAACUGGGUGGUAA